ACAGUGUGGGUUUACCCUUUGAAGAGCAAGGGGGAGGUGGCAGCGGCUGUCCUUAAGGAGUGGAUGCCUAGAGCUUAGAGGGAAUGCGGACACAAGGUGAAGGUGAUCCGCAGUGACAAUGGUGGGGAGUUCAUUGGAGCUGAUUUUGAGGGGGAGUUGAAGAGGAAGGGGAUCCAGCAUCAACUAACAGUGCCCUACAACCCGCAGCAGAAUGGCGUGGUUGAGAGGUUCAACAGGACCCUGCAGGAGGGGGCACGCACUCUCCUUGGGCGUGCAGGGCUGCCUGAUCCGUUUUGGGUGUCUGCACUGAGGCAGGUCACCCUUGUGAAGAAUAGGGUGCUGGCUACAGUUGGGGAUAAGGAGUGGAUCCCAUAUACCAAGUGGUAUGGGAGUGCUCCAGCUGUGAACAUGCUGAGGGCAUUUGGGUGCAUGGUGGUGUUUCAUGUGCCUAAGGAGAAAAGGGGGAAGUUGGAGGCUUCUGGAAGAUGGGAUAUUGAGGAAGAUGAGAUCGCUCACUGUUACUGGGCAUCAAUCCCUGAGCCCAAGACUCGAGAGGAGGCCUUGAAUGGACCAAAUGGGGAGAAGUGGAAGGCGAGUGAGGAUGAGGAGUUCGGGCCCCUGAUUGAGAACGAGAGAUGGGACCUGUGUGACUUGCCUCCUGGGAAGAAGGCAAUCACUUCCAAGAUGAUCUACAGGCACAAGUAUGGACCUGAAGGGGAGCUGACCCACUACAAGUCUAGGCUUGUGGCACGGGGGUUUCAGCAGACAAAGGGGAAGGACUAUGAUGAGGUGUUUGCUCCUAUGUGGAAAAGGGUGUGCUGAGGUUGCACCAGAGGAAGUACUGUGAGGGGCUGGCUGAGAAGUAUGGCUCGCCAAGAAUGCUUGUCUGCAUGGGCUGACAAAACACAUAAGGCCUAAGUGGCAUUGGGUGAGGAGACUCCUUGAUAAGGAGGUGCGGCUGGAGAUAUUUUCACUAAGCGUCUUGCGGAGGCAGAUCAUUGGAAGGGCAUGAAGCUUGCUGGGAUGAGUGUGCAUUGAGUAUGCAUGCUUGAGAUGUUGGUAUGGUGGAUGAUGGUUGGCAGUCAGAGGGGGAGAUUGUUGUGUGAUGUCAUCAUAUGCUAUCACAUUCUGUCUGCCUCCCAUCCCAUGUUUUCAA